CCAGAAGAACCAAUUCCACUAUUUUGUGAUUUAUGUGACAAUUGCCUAAAGCAUAAAAGUGAUAGUGUAGAUGAACUAGUGGAUGUUAAGAUAGAAAUUUUUGACAUGUUAAAAAUAGUUGAGGCCUUGUGUAAGAAUAAUGAUAAGAUAAUUGUAUCUAUUGAUAUAGUAGAUGUUUUUGUCUUAGCAGAAAAUAA